ACAUGUCAUAUUGACAUUAUUUGAAUUAAACAAAAAUGAGUGAAUUUUUAAAAAGAAAAAAACUCAAACAUGGUCUUCCCACUCGUGGAUAUUACGCGGAAUUAUUAACCGAUUUAUCUUAUGAAAGCCGAAUAAAAGCGAUAACCGAACUUCCCGGCGCGUUGAAAAAUACGAAAUUAAUAUGGCAGAUGAGAACGGAAAAACAUACCCCUAUUAUACGAUCUAUGAAUCCUCCCUUAAGAAGAUCAUUUUUAGCACCGGCCGAGAGAUGGAUGACGUUCGAUGAUGAUAAAACUAUAAGCUUUCCUGUUGACACUUUCAAACCUAAAGUUCAACUACAACAUAAAGUCAAACCUAAAACGCUUCCAAGAAGUGUUGCAAUUGAAAGAUGUCGACGUGAAUAUCAGAGUCAACAUUUAAAAGAUGUUUUAAUGGAACACGAUAUAUCUAUGAGAGAUUUAAUACCUCCGGAAUUAUUGCAACAAUAUGCCGAAGAUAGAACUUGGCUCAGUUUUUUACCUCUAGAAUUAUUCGACGACGAAGAAUUCGACAUAAGAACUCCCGAAAACUGGUUAGAGCACGGAAUUAUAGACAACGUGCGCCAUUCCUUACCGGCCAUAGCAUUCGUACCAACAGUAACACAAAUGACUUUAGAAUCGAGUGAGAAUUUGUCCUCGAAACAUAAACUCUCUAUAAAUCCAUUAGAUUAUUUGUAUGCGUGGAUUAAUGUCGCUGUUAUUGAUUAUAAUCCUCAAACUAAACUUUGGCAAGUUAUGACUUUAGAUGGAACGCAAAGGAUGUUGUCUUUGCACAGAUUGUACAUCAUGUUUUACGCCGAGGAUCCCGUAAAUUUUGUUAAUAGGAUGAAAGAAGCUUUGAGAUUGAAAACGGAAACGGAAAAUUUAAUAAGAUAUGAAUUCUUUUUGGAUUGUAUAUCGUUGGAGGGCGUCGACGAAAUCGAUUCGGUGCUUUUGGAAAAAAUAACACUGUUUGCUUCUAGAGGCAUGGGAAAAAAAGUAACCGGUACAGAAUAUUUUUCAAGGUUAAUAUCAAAUGUUCAGUUGAAUCAUAAAAGAGCUCUUGGAUCUUUUGAAUUUGCGAAAAAUUUUAAAGAUCAACACGAUAUCAAAAAUUUGUGGAUUCCACCUAAAGAAGAGGAAAUGAUACCAGAGCCCGUGAUUACAGGAAUAGUUGAUUUUACGAAGAUAAGAGAUUAUUUCAGAUGGUAUAAUAUAUAUGUAUUACCAGAAACUUAUAGGGCGAUGUCGUACGUCAAUGGGGAAUGUAUAAAAGUUGCUUCUAUGUCUCUAUUUACAGCCAAUUACGGUUCUAAAUACGUUUCCUUGGACGAAUUUGAAUCGAUUCAAAAUUUAUCAACGAACGUGCUUCUGAAGCAGCUGCGAGGACCGUGGGUGGAAACGAUAGUUUUCAAUAUAAGGAUGUGUCUAGGUGAUAUCGGUAAAGGUUGGUUCGAUAUUAACGAAAAAAUUUUCGAAACCUACGAAAUAUCCAAACUGAAACGUUUCAUGGAAUUGGUAAAGUUCAGGAUGCAGCAUACACUUCGUCUGUUAGUGGAAAAUUCCAUAAAUACUUUUAUAAAUUUAGUGGAAACACCUUGUUUGACUUGUCUUCAAGUGGAAGACGACUACGAAUGGGGUGCCGAUUUAGUAAACAGUCCUUUUAUAUCGAAAACAUCGCCAUUAUUCAGUUUGCAAUUGAGGAUGCAAGAAACUGGGGCUUAUUAUUCGACAACCCCGGAAAAUUUUCAGGUGGUGCUGUUGAAACUUUUCGACGAAGCUUUGAAACAAACUCACUUAAUAAAACAAGUCCAUCCUUAUCUAUUGGGAAAUCUGCGUUUUCCCAAAGAUCUUAAUUUGUCUUCGGUCGGGUUAUUAGCUACGGAAGUUUGCGAUAUCAGAAAUCGUUUUAUCGUAGCCUACGAUCGAGCUAUGAUACCUUUGAAAGCUUAUGCCGCUAAAUACGAUAUGCACCUAUCGCUGUUUAAUAUGGACGUCAACGAGUUUAUAGAACAAUACAAACAAGAACAGCAUACAGCUUACGAAGUAAAAGAAGAAGUAUCUAAUCAAUAUAGACUCAAAUCUAGUUUAGAAUCUUCUAUACCGAUUAUAAUUUUUAUCGGACCUUUUCACAUAUCUGUAGAUUAUUUGAGAAAUCAUUUGAUUAAUAAACGACAAGAUAUUAUUAAUAAAAUGCUCGACGCUUUCGCCGAAAGGAUGAAACAACUUGUUGAAGAGGUUUUAUACGAAUAUCAAAAAAUAAUGAACAAACUAGCAGAAAAACCCGAUAGCAUAGAACGCGUAUACGAAAUGAGGGAUUGGAUAGAAACGAUACCGAUGACUUUGCGACAACUGGACGAUACGACAAGAAGAUAUGUGAUGGAAUACGAAAUAUUAGACUCUUUCAAAUAUUCUUUACAAAACGAAGACUUCGCUAACAAAUGGACCGCCAUUGGAUGGCCUUUAAAAGUUCAACAGGAAGCUGAAUUGAUAGAAUUAUUCUUGAAGGAAGAAGAGGAACGUUUCUAUAAAAUACAAUUAACGGACGAAUUUAAUCUACAAGAUAAGAUCGAAACGUUCACGGCGCAAGUAGUUCAAAUGUCCCAAUUGAAAGAUUUCAGUAAGACCCACGACAUUGCUUUGGACAUGAGGAGAUUAUGGAAAUCGAUGAAAGAAGCCCAAGAAUUAGGUCAACUGUUAAAUCAACGACAAAAGCUGUUCGGCGUCCCGGUCAUCCCCUGGGACAAUCUGAUUAAGUUAAUGAAAGAAUUUGAACCUUAUAAGAAUCUAUGGGGAGCUGCUUCAGAUUGGUUAAGGUCCCACGAGAUGUGGUUGGAUAAUCCGAUAGUUCAGAUAGACGCGGAAGCUAUAGAAACUACCGUUAGCGAUAUGUACAAGUUAAUGUCGAGGUCAAUAAGGACAUUCGCCGAGGUUCCGGCGAUGCAAAGCAUCGCUAUGGAAAUUAAGAAUCGAAUAGAAGAAUUCAAACCUAACGUACCGUUACUUUUGGCUCUGAAAAAUCCCGGAAUGAAAGAGAGACAUUGGGAACAAUUUGCCGAAGAAACUGGGAUUUUAUUGGAUUUUACGACCGGUGUUACUUUUCAUGAUUGUUUGGAAUUGGGAGUGGAUCAAUAUGUCGAGAAGAUGGCGAGUAUAGCCGAACGUGCUACUAAGGAAUAUUCGAUCGAACAAACUUUGGAGAAGAUGAUGUCCGAAUGGGAAAAUAAUAAGCUGGAAUUGACACCGUACAAAACUACAGGUACUUAUAUUAUGAAGGUGUCUGAUGAAAUUCAACAGUUAUUGGACGACCAAAUUGUACUGACCCAACAGAUUUCGUUUAGUCCUUUCAAAGGACCAUUCGAAGAGACGAUAGAUGAAUGGGAAGAAAAACUUAAAACAACAGCUCUAGUUAUUGAAGAAUGGAUGGACGUACAAAAGCAAUGGAUGUAUUUAGAACCUAUAUUCACUAGUGAGGAUAUAACCAAGCAGUUACCUGUCGAAAGUAAAAAAUAUAAUUCGAUGGAGAGAACGUGGAAAAGAAUUAUGAGAAGCGCUCUCGAUUGUCCACAGAUAAUCGAAUAUUGCGGCAACCGACCACUUUUAGAGGUCUUACGAGACGCCAAUCAUAUAUUACAAAUAGUCCAGAAAGGUCUUUCCGAAUAUUUGGAAGUCAAACGUAUGAUAUUCCCUAGAUUGUUCUUUCUCAGCGACGACGAAUUGCUGGAGAUUCUAUCUCAAGCUAGAAAUCCGUUGGCCGUACAACCCCAUCUUAAAAAAUGUUUCGAAAAUAUUGCGAUGUUAACUUUCGAAGAAGAUUUACGUAUCACGCAAAUGUUUUCGGCCGAAGAAGAAUGCGUCGAUCUGGAACCGACUUUAUACCCGACUGGAAACGUGGAAAAUUGGUUGGUUGUGGUUGAAAAUUCGAUGAAAAAUACGGUUAGAACUCAGUUGGGGAAAUCCCUCGAGGAUCUACCUCUCAAAUCGAGAAAAGAAUGGGUGCUUCAAUGGCCCGGCCAAGUGGUCAUAGCUUGUAGUCAAACCUUUUGGACGGCCGGUGUUGAAAAGGGUAUAUUAGAAAAUGAAUUGAAUAAAUUUUUUACUGAAACGAUGUUGGUCAAUCUGGAUGACCUGCGAAGUUUGGUGAAAGGCAAACUUACGUUCGUCCAAAGGGAAAUUCUAUCUGCCCUUAUUGUAAUCGAGGUACAUUCCAGGGACGUAACGCAAAAUUUGAUCGAUUUAAAAAUCGAAAACGCCAACGAUUUCGAUUGGAUAAGUCAAUUAAGGUACGUACGUGAAAACUCAUUCUAUCUAGUUUUAACAUCAACUCUAUGGUAUUUACGUGAUUGCAGAUAUUAUUGGGUUGAAGAGCAGAUGAAAGUUAGAGCUGUGAAUGCGGAAUUUUCGUACGGGUACGAAUAUCUGGGUAACAGCGGACGUUUGGUGAUAACUCCUUUGACAGAUAGGUGUUAUUUGACCUUGACUGGAGCUCUUCAUCUCAAAUUCGGAGGUGCUCCUGCAGGACCAGCAGGCACUGGUAAAACGGAAACGACCAAAGAUUUAGCGAAGGCCUUCGCCAUACAAUGUGUAGUAUUCAACUGUUCCGAUCAAUUGGAUUUCAUGGCCAUGGGGAAAUUCUUCAAAGGUUUAGCGAGCUCGGGAGCUUGGGCUUGUUUCGAUGAGUUCAAUAGAAUCGACAUCGAAGUUUUGUCAGUGGUCGCUCAACAAAUAACAACGAUACAAAAAGCUCAACAGGCCCGUUUGGAAUCGUUCUUUUUCGAAGGAACGGAAAUCGCUUUGAAAGAUUCUUGCGCCGUUUUCAUCACAAUGAAUCCCGGUUACGCCGGAAGAACAGAAUUACCGGAUAACCUCAAAGCUCUAUUUAGACCAGUAUCUAUGAUGGUGCCGGAUUAUACGUUGAUAGCGGAAAUUUCUUUAUUCUCUUUCGGUUUCAGUAACGCUAAGAAUUUAGCGAACAAAAUUACAACAACGUUCAAAUUGAGUUCGGAGCAAUUGAGUAGUCAAGAUCAUUACGAUUUUGGAAUGCGAGCAGUUAAAACGGUCAUAGCCGUAGCCGGCAAUUUGAAACGGGAACACCCCGAUAUGGACGAACGACAAAUUGUAUUGAGAGCUCUUUUGGACGUCAACGUUCCCAAAUUUUUGAAGGACGAUUUAAAACUAUUCAGCGGCAUAGUAUCGGAUUUGUUUCCUCGAAUGGUCGAAGAGGCGGUAGAUUAUGGAAAUCUCGAAAAAUCUAUAAGAGCUUCAUCGAUUGCUCUCGGUUUACAAGACGUGAACGAAUACGUGAAAAAAGUCAUCCAGUUGUAUGAAACUACCGUAGUUCGACACGGAUUAAUGUUGGUAGGUCCGACAGGAUCAGGAAAGACGAUGUGUUACAAAAUUUUGAAAGAUGCUAUGACCAGUUUGAAAGGGGAACCUCAACCGAGCGGUUAUCCAUUCCAACCUGUACACACGUACGUACUCAAUCCCAAAUCUAUUACUAUGGGUCAGCUCUAUGGAGAAUUCGAUUUGCAAACUCACGAAUGGACGGAUGGUAUACUUCCUUGCUUAGUACGACAUGGUAUAAAUGCGCCGAACAAAGAUAAACGUUGGUACAUUUUUGACGGACCGGUAGACGCCGUGUGGAUCGAAAAUAUGAAUACCGUAUUGGACGAUAACAAAAAACUUUGUUUAAGCAGCGGGGAGAUAAUAAAAUUGAGAGAUACCAUGACGAUGAUGUUCGAAGUGGCAGAUUUAGCUGUCGCUUCGCCGGCAACCGUAUCCCGAUGCGGGAUGGUGUAUUUGGAACCGGCGGUUUUGGGAUUGGAUCCUUUCGUUAAAUGCUGGUUGAAGAGGUUACCAGAUCUUGCUAAACAAUACGAAAAAACUUUCAAGACUUUGAUUGAAUUUUACGCGUUGCCCGCCAUAGAUUUUGUUAGAAAUAAUUUGAAAGAGAUUUUAACUUCUGUCGAUUCGGCCAUUUUGACUUGCUUUUUACGGUUAUUGGAUUUUCGAUUGGGUCCUUUGGCAGGGAGAGAUAAUAAACCCCCACCUGCGCAACACUUUUUGGAACUGAUUAAGGGACUGCUGGUACCUUGGGUAAUAUUUUCCGUUGUGUGGAGUAUUGGUUGUACGUGCGAUAAUAAUGGAAGGGUUAAGUUCGAUAAAUGGAUCAGGGAAAAAAUACAGGAGAGGAAAGACGGUCCCGUUCCUCCUUCUACAUCUCUCAUAUAUGAUUUCACAUUACACGAUGGAGGCUUCACCGAUACUACUAGUGACGGUAAUCCUAGUCCCCCAACAUGGAUAAGUUGGAUGAAUAAUAUCGAAGAAUAUAAAAUAACAAAAGAUAUGAAAUAUUCUGAUAUCGAAGUGCCGACUGUGAACAACGUUAGAAAUGCCGAAUUAAUUGGUAUGCUAUUGUACAAUGAAGAUAACGUUUUAGCAGUUGGCCCAACAGGUACUGGAAAAACUCUGACAGUUAUCGGAAAAUUGAGUAAAAAUAUGCACAAGAAAUUCAUUUGCGAUUUCAUCAGUUUUUCCGCAAGAACCACCGCAAAUCAAACCCAGGAUUUGAUCGAUUCCAAAUUAGACAGGCGUAGAAAGGGAGUCUUCGGCCCGCCGGUUCUCAAACGACAAGUUUUCUUUAUCGAUGAUUUUAAUAUGCCCGCGUUAGAGGUAUACGGGGCUCAACCCCCCAUAGAACUCAUCAGACAAUGGAUGGAUUUCCAAGGUUGGUAUGAUAGAAAAAAUAUAGGAGAUUUUCGUAAAAUUAUCGAUACAAAUUUCGUUGCGGCUAUGGGUCCGCCCGGGGGCGGUAGGAAUCCGGUAACCGCUAGAUUAUUACGUCAUUUCCAUUAUUUGACGUUUUUAGAAAUGGAAGACGAUAGUAAGUUGAAAAUAUUUGGAACUAUUCUCGGUUUUUGGUUGAAUAGGGCUCCGGAGGGCUUCGGCGAUUAUUUUGAUCCUUUGCUCAAUUCCACUUUGAUAGUUUUCACAACUAUCCUACACGAAUUGUUACCUACGCCAGCCAAAACCCACUACACAUUCAAUUUGAGAGAUUUGAGUAAAGUUUUCCAGGGUAUGUUGAUGUUCGAGGCCGAAACUCUCGAGGAUCCCGAAGCGAUGAUUCGUUUGUGGUACCACGAAAAUUGUCGGAUAUUUCAAGAUCGCCUUAUCAACGACGAAGACAGAUCUUGGUUUGAUUCUUUAUUGAAAGAACAAAUAUCCGUUCAUUUCGAAUUAGAGCCCGAAGUGGCAUUAGGCACAGACGACAUAUUGUUCGGCGAUUUCAUAGAUCCAACUGUGGGUUCAGGUGCCUAUAUACAAAUUAAGGAUUUCGAGAAAUUGUCAAUCGCUUUGAAUUAUUAUUUGGAUGAUUAUAAUUUGCAAAGCACCAAACCGAUGAAACUGGUUUUAUUUCUGGACGCCAUGUUACAUAUUUCGAGAAUCUCCAGGAUAAUACGUCAACCGAUGGGUAACGCUUUGUUAUUGGGCAUGGGCGGAUCAGGUAGACAAAGUUUAACGAGAUUAUCGACGUUUAUGGCAGAGUUCAAUUGUUUCCAAAUAGAAUUGACUAAAUCUUAUGGUCAGAACGAUUGGCGGGACGACGUUAAGAAUCUUAUGUUGACCGCCGGUUUAAUGAGAAGAGAAACUGUAUUUCUUUUUUCUGAUACGCAAAUCAAGUCCGAAUCGUUCCUGGAAGAUUUGAAUAAUAUCUUGAAUUCUGGUGACGUUCCGAACAUUUACCAACCAGACGAACUGGACAAAAUCUAUCAAAAUAUGAAGGGACUCGUACAGGAAUUGGGUUUAACGGCUACCAAAUCGAAUUUGUUUGCUGUCUACCAAAAAGAAGUGAGAGCCAAUCUUCAUAACGUCAUUAGUAUGAGCCCGAUUGGUGAAAUAUUUCGAGCUAGAUUGCGUCAGUUUCCAGCGUUGGUUAAUAAUUGCACUAUUGAUUGGUUUAGUCCUUGGCCGGAUACCGCAUUACAGUCAGUGGCUUUACGAUUUUUGAAAGAAGUUGAAGAUUUCGACGUCUCUGAACGUACUUUGAAUGGAAUCGUCAUGGUAUUUCAAUACAUGCACGCUAGCGUAGUCGAAGCUAGCCGCCGGUUCGAAAUUGAGUUAUCGCGUCAUAAUUACGUAACGCCUACGUCAUAUUUGGAACUUUUAUCGAGUUACACGGAGUUGAUGAAUAAGAAAAAGGGGUCGUUGACACAAGGCGUGGGACGGCUCAAAACCGGAUUGAGCAAACUUCAAAGUACCGCCGAAGAAGUUAAAGUACUUCAAGUGCAAUUGAAGGAAAUGAAACCGUUAUUGGAAAUAGCGGCCCGAGACGCAGAUAUUAUGAUUACGAAAAUAGCAGCUGAUACCGUUAUAGCCGAAGAAACUAAGGUAAUUGUGGAAAAAGAAGAACAGGCCGCUUCCGAAAAGGCCUAUCACACGCAGAAUAUAGCCGAGGAUGCUCAAAGGGAUUUAGACGAAGCGUUACCGGCUCUAAUUGAAGCGGAAAACAGUUUAAAAGCUCUGAAUAAAAACGAUAUAAUCGAAGUGAGAUCGAUGAAGAGACCACCAGCCGGGGUCGUGUACGUUAUAGAAGCCAUAUGUAUCGUAAAAAAUAUCAAACCAAACAAAAUACCUGGAUUCAAGCCGGGCGAGAAACUUUUGGAUUAUUGGGAACCCGGUAGGAACAUGCUUUCCGAUCCACAAGCGUUUUUAGUCGGUUUAAUGAAUUUCGAUAAGGAUUCCAUUACGGAGGACAUGAUUGAGAAAUUGAAAAAAUACGUAGAAGAUCCCCUAUUUACCCCCGCCAAAAUAGCGAAGAUAUCGAAAGCUUGUACGUCUCUUUGUAUGUGGAUCCACGCCAUGUAUAAAUAUUAUUUCGUUAACAAAGCCGUGGCGCCGAAAAAAGCGGCUCUGGCUCAAGCUAAAGCCGAUUUGGAAGCUACCGAACGCGCCUUGGCCGAAGCUAAAGCUAAGAUGAAAGAAGUACUGGAAGGAUUGGAACAACUACAGCAAGCUUUAGCGACGAAAAUAGCUUUUAAAGAAGAAAAAGAAGCGAACAUCAGUUUUUGCGAGGAUAGGAUGAACAGGGCAAUGAGAUUGAUCGGUGGUUUAGCCGAAGAGAAAAUUCGAUGGCUACAAACCAUCGACAAUAUAGAAGCCAAUGUAGUGAAUGUAACCGGAGAUAUUUUGAUAUGUUCCGGUUGUGUAGCUUAUUUAACACCUUUUACGGAUUCUUACAGACGUGAAUUAUUUUCAAGUUGGAUGGAGAAAAUAACGUUUUACGAGAUCCCUUUCACCCCUAACUGUAAUCCAGUAUCGAUAUUAGGUGAACCAGUACAGAUUCGAUUAUGGCAACUGGACGGUUUACCCAGAGAUUAUCUAUCAACAGAAAACGCCGUUUUGGUAUCUUGUUCACGUAGGUGGCCUCUUUUCAUCGACCCCCAGGGACAAGCGAAUAAAUGGGUCAAAAAUAUGGGGAAAAAUAUGGGACUUUCCAUUUGCAAGCUCGCCGAUAAAGAUUUGAUGCGUACCAUGGAAUCGUCGAUACGUUUCGGUAAAGCUGUACUCAUUGAAAACGUUGGAACUGAACUUGAUCCAGCUCUGGAUCCGGUACUGCUCCAUCAAGUUUUUAUGCAAAGCGGUACUUUGGUGAUUAAAUUGGGAGACGUCGUCGUACCUUACGAUUCGAAUUUCAAACUUUACAUUACAACUAAAUUACCAAAUCCCCAUUACACGCCCGAGAUUUCUAUAAAAGUUCUCAUAGUAAACUUCACGGUGGUAUCCACGGGGUUGCAAGAUCAGUUACUGGCUUUGGUGGUGAUGCAAGAAAGGCCGGAUCUGGAAGAACAGAGGAGUCAGAUCGUCGUUAGUAUUGCGACGAUGAAACAAGAAUUGAAAGAAAUCGAAGAUAGGAUUUUAUUCAAAUUGAGUUCUUCGGAAAUAUCUCCGAUCGAAGAUUUGGAUUUUAUUAUAACAUUGGAAGCUUCCAAAGUAAAAAGUGAGGAUAUUAAAAAUAAAGUCGAAUCGGCAGAAAUUACUCAAAUAGACAUCGACAAUACUAGAGCGUUGUAUAUUCCCGUGGCAAACAGAGCUCAAAUUUUAUUUUUCUGCGUAGCAGAUCUUUCGAAUGUCGACCCCAUGUAUCAGUACUCUUUGGAAUGGUUCGUUCAAAUUUUUGUUUCGACAAUGGCAGAAACCGAAAAAUCAGAUGUGAUUGAAACUCGAGUCAAAACUAUCAACGAUUCUUUCACGUACAAUUUGUAUAGCAACGUCUGUAGAAGUUUAUUUGAAAAACACAAAAUGCAUUUUGCUUUUUUGCUUUGUAUAAGGAUUUUGAUGGAUUUCAAAGAAGUCAAUCCUCAGGAGUGGCAACACUUUUUAGCAGGAGGAUCACCUACCAAGGAUCUACCUAACCCUGCUCCGAAUUGGUUAUCGAGUAGAGCUUGGAACGAAAUAUUAGCUCUAGAUGCUUUACCUAAUUUUCAAAAUUUUGUCGCGACUUUUAGUGGAAAUAUAACAAGUUAUAGAUCCAUAUUUGAAAGUUUGGAACCGCACAGAGUUCCCUUGCCGUCACCCUUCGACACGACUCUAGAUUCGUUUCAAAAAAUGAUCGUUCUCAAGAGUUUACGACCCGAUAAAGUCACUAACGCCAUGCAAGACUUUCUAGCCGAUAAAAUGGGUCAACAAUUCAUCGAACCCCAAACGUCUGACUUAUCAGCUAUGUAUAAAGAGUCCGGUCCUGCUAUUCCGCUUAUUUUCGUUUUAUCGACGGGUACCGAUCCGGCCGCCGAAUUAUACAAAUUCGCCGAACGCAUGAAAAUGGGAAAGAGGAUGUUUUCGAUUUCCCUAGGACAAGGACAAGGUCCAAGAGCUGAAAAGAUUAUGCAGAGCGGAGUCGAAGUAGGAUCUUGGGUGUUUUUCCAAAAUUGUCAUUUGGCACCCAGUUGGAUGCCUCGACUGGAACGCAUCGUCGAAGCUCUUACACCGGAAACUACACACAGAGAUUUCCGCAUUUGGUUAACUUCUACGCCAUCUCCUAAUUUUCCGGUGGCCAUUUUGCAAAACGGUAGUAAAAUGACGAUAGAACCUCCGUCGGGUUUGAAAGCGAAUAUGUUGAGAGCCUAUAGGAACGAAGUGUCCGAUUUUAUGGAUUUUAUGCAAUCUAACGAUCCCAAAGGACCUACCUUUAAACUUUUGGUAUUUUCGCUUUGUCUAUUUCACGGUAUUGUUUUGGAAAGAAGAAAAUUCGGUCCUUUAGGGUUCAAUAUCCCUUACGAAUUCACAGAUGGUGAUCUUAAAAUCUGCAUAUCCCAACUGCACAUGUUCCUAAUGGAAUACAGCGAUAUACCUUUCAAAGUAUUGACCUAUACAGCUGGACAAAUCAAUUAUGGAGGUAGAGUAACAGACGAUUGGGAUAGAAGAUGCUUAAUGAACAUAUUGGCCGAUUAUUACAAAAAAGACGUCAUCAGUCAAACAUACGUCUUUGAUAAGCAAGGCUACUAUCACCAGAUACGAACCGAUGUUUUAUUCGCUGAUUACGUGGAAUAUAUUAAAACUCUACCUAUUAACGACGAUCCAGAAUUGUUUGGACUUCAUCCUAAUGCCGAUAUCACGUUUGCUCAAUCGAAAACUUACGCUUGCCUCUCUACGUUGCUAUUACUUCAACCUAAGCAAAUAGGUGGCGCUGCUAGUAGUCAAGAAGAAACAACAGCUAACGCCGCGCGGUCUAUUUUAGAACAAACACCCGAUUUAUUCGAUUUAGAUCUAAUAUCGAAACGUUAUCCUGUCCUCUAUGAAGAAUCCUUGAAUACUGUGAUCAUUCAGGAAGCCAUAAGAUACAACAAGUUAUUAUCUGUUAUAAAAUCAACCUUAUACGAUCUCUUGAAAGCCCUUAAAGGUUUGGUAGUGAUGUCGGAAGCUUUGGAAAAGAUGUCACAAAGUUUAUUCAGUAAUUUGGUGCCUCAAUUGUGGGCCGCUAAGGCUUAUCCAUCACUAAAACCUCUAGGAGCUUGGGUGACCGAUUUAAAAGCGAGAAUCCAAUUUUUAAAUAAAUGGGUAGACGAAGGGAUACCUCCCGUUUUUUGGAUAUCCGGUUUCUAUUUUCCCCAAGCUUUUCUCACUGGUACCCUACAAAAUUACGCGAGGAAAUAUAUAGUUUCGAUAGAUACGAUUAAUUUCAACUUUAAAGUAUUGGAUCAUUUUCCGAAGCAGAGGCCGUCAGACGGGUGUUGUAUAUACGGUUUGUUUCUAGAAGGAGCUCGUUGGAAUGCUAAACUUAAAGUUUUGGACGAAUCUAACCCGAAAGAACUUUAUACAGAUAUGCCGGUUGUGUGGUUACAGCCUGAAGAAAAUCACGUUUGCCCAGAAGGCGUUUAUCAAUCGCCUGUUUACAAAACUCUAACUAGAGCCGGUACUCUUUCUACCACAGGUCAUUCAACGAACUAUGUUUUGACUAUCGAAAUACCGAGCUUAAAACCACAACCUCAUUGGAUUAAAAGAGGUGUAGCAUUAAUAUGCGCUCUAGAUUAUUAAAAUUAUAUUUUAAA